AUGAAAAAAUGUAAAAAUGUAAAAAAUGUACCUGUUGGCGAUCACGAUUUUUUGAAAGUUGAAAAUUUGCGAGCGAAAAUUCGGGAUUUGAAAAUCCUGCAACUCUCCACCCCAAGCUUAAAGCUUUGCUCAAUACCCCGUGAGAAGCACUUGACCGCUAAAACCCGAGAAAUCCGGCAACGACUUAAGAUUCCGGCAAAAUUUUCCGGCGAGCUUCGAGGAAUAUUUUUAGUGGGGUUUGUAGCAUUGACCAAGAGGAGCACAGUGGUGGUGUCGGAAUCGCGAGAGGUGACCGGAAAAUGGCCUGAAAGUAGCGAGAUGGUGGUGGUGGCGCCCGGAAUUGCAGCAACAGAUCGGACCGGGUUUUAG